AUGCUGGGGCCUCGGCUGCUGCUGCUGCUGCUGCUGUCCUGCGGGGGAGCCCUGCUCGGCGCCGGUCUGGACGACACCUCCUUUGCCCACCCAGGACCCCAGGGGCUGAAGGACUCCCCACAGCCAGCGCCCGGCAGGGGCUGGUGCUCCACGUGGGGGACCGGCCACUUCUCCACCUUCGACGGCCACGUGUAUGACUUCGAGGGGACCUGCAACUACAUCUUUGCGGCCAUCUGCAAGGACGCCUCCUCCCCCACCUUCAGCGUCCAGCUGCGGCGAGAGCCCGGCGGGGACAUCUCCCGGAUCAUCGUGGAGCUGGGGGCCGCGGUGGUCACGGUGCAGCAGGGAGCCAUCUCCAUCAAGGACGUGGGAGCCGUCAGCCUGCCCUACACCAGCAACGGGCUGCAGAUCACCCCCUUCGGCCAGAGCGUGCGGCUGGUGGCCAAGCAGCUGGAGCUGGAGCUGGUGGUGCUGUGGGGCCCCGGCGCCCACCUCAUGGUCCUGGUGGAGGACAGGCACAUGGGCAGGAUGUGCGGGCUCUGCGGGAACUUUGACGGCGAGAAGACCAACGAGUUUCUGAGCGAGGACGGCACGCGCCUGGAGCCCCACAAGUACGCCGCCCUCCAGAAGCUGGACGACCCCAACGAGAUCUGCACCCACGAGGCCAUCCCCGGCCCCCGGGUCCUGCAGGCAGAGCACGCCCGGACCUGUGCCCAGCUGCUGGCCCUGGUGGCCCCCGAGUGCGACGUGCCCAAGGAGCCCUUCGUGCAGAGCUGCCAGGCCGACGUGGCCGCGUGUGCCCGGCCGGGCCAGCAGAGCUGCGCCUGCGCCACGCUCUCCGAGUACUCGCGCCGCUGCAGCCUCGCCGGCCAGCCCGUCAGCCGCUGGCGGAGGCCCGGCCUCUGCUCGCUGGGCCAGUGCCCGGCCAACCAGGUGUACCAGGAGUGCGGCGAGGCCUGCGUCAGGACCUGCUCCCACCCGCAGCACAGCUGUGCCCGCUCCUGCACCUUCGGCUGCUUCUGCCCAGCAGGUACGGUUCUCGACGACGUUUCCAAAAACCUCACCUGCGUGCCCGUCGCCCAGUGCCCCUGCACGCUCGGCGGCGUGGCCUACGCCCCCGGGGCGGUCACUGCCGACGCCUGCCGCACCUGCCAGUGCACUAUGGGGCGCUGGAAGUGCGAGGAGCGGCCCUGCCCCCGGCGCUGCGCCCUGGAAGGCGGCUCCUUUGUGACCACGUUCGACGCCAGGCCCUACCGCUUCCACGGCACCUGCACCUACACCCUCCUCCAGAGCCCCCAGCUCCCCGACGGGGGUUCCCUCAUGGCCGCCUACGACAAGUCCGGGUACUCGCAUUCGGAGACCUCCUUGGUCGCCCUCAUCUACGUGUCCAGCCAGGACAAGAUCGUGAUUUCCCAGGAUGAGGUGGUCGCCAACAAUGGAGACGCCAAGUGGCUGCCAUACAAGACCGGCAACAUCACGGUCUUCAAGCAGACGUCCACCCACCUGCAGAUGGCCACCACCUUCGGGCUGGAGCUGGUGGUGCAGCUGCAGCCCGUGUUCCAGGCCUACAUCACCGUCGGGCCUCAGUUCAGAGGCCAGACCCGAGGGCUCUGCGGCAACUUCAACGGGGACACGACGGAUGACUUCACGACCAGCAUGGGCAUCCCUGAGGGCACGGCCUCGCUCUUCGUGGACUCCUGGCGGGCAGGGAACUGCCCGGCCGCCCUGGAGCGUGAGACCGACCCCUGCUCCAUGAGCCAGCUCAACAAGGUGUGCGCGGAGACCCACUGCGCGGUGCUGGUGAACAAGGGCACGGUCUUCGAGAGGUGCCACGCCGUGGUGAACCCCCACCCCUUCUACAGGAGGUGCGUGUACCAGGCCUGCAACUACGAGGAGACCUUCCCGCACAUCUGCGCCGCCCUGGGGGACUACGCCCACGCCUGCGCCUCCCGGGGCGUCCUGCUCUGGGGCUGGAGGAGCAGCGUCGACAACUGCACCGUCCCCUGCACGGGCAACCAGACCUACAGCUACGACAGCCGGGCCUGCGGCCGCACCUGCCUCUCCCUGUCCGACCGCGCCGCCGAGUGCCACCCCAGCGCCGUGCCCGUGGAAGGCUGCAACUGCCCCGAGGGCACCUACCUCAACCACAGGGCCGAGUGCGUGCGCAAGGCCCAGUGCCCCUGCCUCCUGGACAACCACAAGCUCGUCCUGGCCGGCCAGUCCACUGUGGUCGAGGGCGUCAUCUGCUACUGUUCCAACGGGCGGCUGAGCUGCCCUGGGCGGCCGCCGAUGCUCCUGGCAUCCUGCUCGGCCCCCAAGACGUUCCAGUCCUGCAGCCAGUCCUCGAGGAACAAGUUUGGGGCGGCCUGUGCCCCCACAUGCCAGAUGCUGGCUACGGGCACCCCUUGUGUGCCCACCAAGUGCGAGCCCGGCUGCGUCUGUGCCGAGGGGCUCUACGAGAACGCCAGCGGGCAGUGCGUGCCCCCCGAGGAGUGCCCGUGCGAGUUUGCGGGGGUCUCCUACCCCCGGGGCGCCGAGCUCCACACCGACUGUAAGGCCUGCACCUGCUCGAGGGGGAAGUGGACGUGCCGGCAGAGCGCCCACUGCUCGUCCACCUGCACGCUCUACGGGGAGGGCCACGUGGUCACCUUCGACGGGCAGCGCUUCGUGUUCGAGGGCAGCUGCGAGUACAUCCUGGCCACGGAUGGCUGCGGCACCAAUGACUCCCGGCCCACCUUCAAGAUCCUGACGGAGAACGUCGUGUGUGGGAAAUCGGGUGUCACCUGCUCCCGGGCCAUCAGGAUGUCCCUAGGGGGCUUGUCCAUCGUGCUGGCGGACAGGAACUACACGGUCAGCGGGACAGACCCCCAGGUGUACUUCCGGGUCAGGCCUGGCUCCCUGCACCUGCUACUGGACGUCACCAUCGGCAGCAGCUACAACCUGACCGUCAUCUGGAACAAGCACAUGACCGUCUCCAUCAAGAUCUCGCGAGCCUCGCAGGACCCCCUGUGCGGCUUGUGCGGCAACUACAACGGGAACAUGAAGGAUGACUUUGAGACACGCAGCAAGUACGUGGCGUCCAGCGAGCUGGAGUUUGUGAACUCGUGGAAGGAGAGCCCGCUGUGCGGAGAUGCCAGACUCACGGUGGACCCCUGCAGCCUCAACGCCUUCCGCCGCGCCUGGGCCGAGCGCAAGUGCAGCAUCAUCAAUAGCCAGACCUUCGCCGCCUGCCACAGCCAGGUGUACCGCCUGCCCUACUACGAGGCCUGCGUGCACGACACAUGUGGGUGCGACAUGGGUGGGGACUGUGAGUGCCUAUGCGACGCUGUGGCCGCCUACGCCAAGGCCUGCCUGGACAAGGGCGUGUGCGUGGACUGGAGGGCCCCCGACUUCUGCCCCAUCUACUGCGACUUCUACAACUCCCACACGCGGGCGGGCGACGGCCAGUACCAGUACGCCCAGGAGACCAACUGCACGUGGCACUACCAGCCGUGCCUCUGCCCCCAGCAGCUGCAGAGCCAUCCAGACACCAACAUCGAAGGCUGCUACAACUGCUCCCAGGAUGAGUACUUCGACCAGGACAAGGGGACAUGCGUGCAGUGCAUGCUGCUGCCCACCACGCCGCCGCCGCCCACCACAGGUGAUUGCGCACACACUAGCGUCACCUCGAACGACCUCCGCCAUCACCACACGAGCCACGUCAGGGCCAGCCCCCACAGCCACUCCCACGUCAACAGCCACGGGACCUACUGUGACUCGGGCUACCACACAGCCCACCGCACCCCUGCUCAGCACAGCCACGCAAUCCACAGCUCGGUCCACAGUGCGCACCACGGCGGCAUGGCCAACGCCAACCACACCAGAACCCACCACAGGGUCCCCCCAAGUGGUCACCCCAACACAACCAGAGACCCACUCUCCUUCCAUCUCUACUGUAAGGCCAACAGGCUCCUCUCCAUCAUCGACACACGUCCCUGCCACGAGCACAGUGCUCUCACCCUCCACACCGCCGUGGACAGCGACCACACGAGGCACCACCCAAGCCCCUCACUCUGUCAGCACAGCCAGAACCUCCACCUCCCUGGUGUCACACCCCUCCGCACCUGCGCACUCUGGGACAACAUCUGCUCCACGCACCACCAUGUCACCCAAGACAACCAGUUCCGUAUCCACCACCUCCCACAUUACAGGUCCGCCCACAGGAACAUCAUUCCGAACCACCACCACCUUCCCGACCGCAUCUCCAUCCAGGACCACUCAAUCCACUCAGGUCCCAAACUCUGCCACCUCCUCUGUCACUCCCACUUCUCACACAGUGGUCACCCCAACACAACCAGAGACCCAAUCUCCUUCCAUCUCUACUGCAAGGCCAACAGGCUCCUCUCCAUCAUCGACACACGUCCCUGCCACGGGCACAGUGCUCUCACCCUCCACACCGCCGUGGACAGCGACCACACGAGGCACCACCCAAGCCCCUCACUCUGUCAGCACAGCCAGAACCUCCACCUCCCUGGUGUCACACCCCUCCGCACCUGCGCACUCUGGGACAACAUCUGCUCCACGCACCACCAUGUCACCCAAGACAACCAGUUCCGUAUCCACCACCUCCCACAUUACAGGUCCGCCCACAGGAACAUCAUUCCGAACCACCACCACCUUCCCGACCGCAUCUCCAUCCAGGACCACUCAAUCCACUCAGGUCCCAAACUCUGCCACCUCCUCUGUCACUCCCACUUCUCACAUUGUGGUCACCCCAACACAACCAGAGACCCACUCUCCUUCCAUCUCUACUGCAAGGCCAACAGGCUCCUCUCCAUCAUCGACACACGUCCCUGCCACGGGCACAGUGCUCUCACCCUCCACACCGCCGUGGACAGCGACCACACGAGGCACCACCCAAGCCCCUCACUCUGUCAGCACAGCCAGAACCUCCACCUCCCUGGUGUCACACCCCUCCGCACCUGCGCACUCUGGGACAACAUCUGCUCCACGCACCACCAUGUCACCCAAGACAACCAGUCCGCCCACAGGAACAUCAUUCCGGACCACCACCACCUUCCCGACCGCAUCUCCAUCCAGGACCACUCAAUCCACUCAGGCUCCUCUCCAUCAUCGACACACGUCCCUGCCACGGGCACAGUGCUCUCACCCUCCACACCGCCGUGGACAGCGACCACACGAGGCACCACCCAAGCCCCUCACUCUGUCAGCACAGCCAAAACCUCCACCUCCCUGGUGUCACACCCCUCCGCACCUGCCCACUCUGGGACCACAUCUGCUCCACGCACCACCAUGUCACCCAAGACCACCAGUAGAGGCACCCUGAGCCCGGGGACACACACAGCCACGGCCACACCCAACGGGCCACACACUCCCUUCACUUCUCACUCCGCCCCCACAGGUUCCGUAUCCACCACCUCCCACAUUACAGGUCCGCCCACAGGAACAUCAUUCCGGACCACCACCACCUUCCCGACCGCAUCUCCAUCCAAGACCACUCAAUCCACUCAGGUCCCUAAUUCUGCCACCUCCUCUGUCACUCCCAUUUCUCACACAGUGGUCACCCCAACACAACCAGAGACCCACUCUCCUUCCAUCUCUACUGUAAGGCCAACAGGCUCCUCUCCAUCAUCGACACACGUCCCUGCCACGGGCACAGUGCUCUCACCCUCCACACCGCCGUGGACAGCGACCACACGAGGCACCACCCAAGCCCCUCACUCUGUCAGCACAGCCAGAACCUCCACCUCCCUGGUGUCACACCCCUCCGCACCUGCCCACUCUGGGACCACAUCUGCUCCACGCACCACCAUGUCACCCAAGACCACCAGUAGAGGCACCCUGAGCCCGGGGACACACACAGCCACGGCCACACCUAACGGGCCACACACUCCCUUCACUUCUCACUCCGCCCCCACAGGUUCCGUAUCCACCACCUCCCACAUUACAGGUCCGCCCACAGGAACAUCAUUCCGAACCACCACCACCUUCCCGACCGCAUCUCCAUCCAGGACCACUCAAUCCACUCAGGUCCCAAACUCUGCCACCUCCUCUGUCACUCCCACUUCUCACACAACCACCAGUACAGGCACCGGGAGCCCGGGGACACACACAGCCACGGCCACACCCAUAGGGCCACACACUCCCUUCACUACUCACUUUGCUCCCACGAGUUCGGUUUCCACCACCUCACAAUCCACUUCUCUCACCACCCGAGUUCCCAUGCCCAGCCUCAUGUCAUCCACGCUGGGGGUGACAUCCAUCCGAAGUUCUCCAGCCACGAACCUCACUACCAAGCAUCCUGGUACCUCUGGACUGCUGACCACUGUCUUCCUGACCAGCUCCAUCACUGCGCACAGAAGCUCCUCCUCCCCCACUGCAUGGUCCUCUGCCUCCUCUCUCCUCACAUCCGGGCCCAGCUACUCUAGUUCGGAGCCCAGCACACCAGACACACCUAUGCCCGCAGAGGUCUGCCGAGUGCGGGAGCUGGAGGAGGAGGUCACUUACCAGGGGUGCACAGCCAACGUGACAGUGACCCGCUGCGAGGGUGUGUGCGCCUCCUCCGCCAGCUUCAACGUGUACACCAACCAAGUGGACACCCUCUGCAGCUGCUGCCACCCCCUUGGCUACUACGAGAAGCAGCUGGUCCUGCCCUGUCCAGACCCCGGAGCACCGGGCAAGCAGCUGGUGCUCACGCUGCAAGUGUUCAAACGCUGCACGUGUGGCCCCUGGCGCUGCAGAGACCAGGGGCCAGCCCCCCUGGUGAGAGGAUGA